UAAAACUUUCGUCAGAGAAGAUGGCAUUGAUCCCAAGCUUCUUCGGCAGCUCUCGAAACAGCAUCUUUGAUCCAUCUUGGGACCCGUUUAAGGACUUUACUUUCCCUUCAUUUUCCGCUCAUUUCCCUCAACAAAUCUCCUCUGCUUUGGUUGACACACGUGUGGACUGGAAGGAGACCCCAGAGGCCCACGUGUUCAAGGCCGAUCUUCCAGGGCUUAAGAAGGAGGAAGUGAAGGUGGAGAUUGAAGAUGACAGGGUGCUUCACAUAAGUGGAGAGAGGAACAUAGAGAAGGAAGACAAGAACGACACUUGGCAUCGUCUAGAACGUAGCAGUGGCAAGUUCUGUAGGAGGUUCAGGUUGCCAGAGAAUGUGAAGAUGGAUCAGAUUAAGGCUUCUAUGGAGAAUGGAGUGCUCACUGUGACUGUUCCUAAAGUGGAGGUUAAGAAACCUGAUGUCAAGGCCGUUGAAAUUUCAGGUUAA